GAUGAUGCAUUUAAAAGGCAAAGGUUGGGGCUAGCCGCAUUCAUUUCCUCCUGUUUUUUUUCUUCGUUUUUGAAUGCUGGGUUAAACCUUCAAUGGUGGUUUCAGUUUUGAUCUAAAAAAAACAAAGGAAACAAUGGUGGUUUCGUUGAGAAAGUAGAUUCCUUGCAUUAAUGAGUUUUUCCUCUGUAAUUCAAGUUUGUUUAAAAGAGUUUUUCUAAGGAUUUGUACUUUUCUUUUGAAUGCCAUUUUUAUCUCUACUAUUACUUAACUCUCUUUUUUGCCUUUUUCUUUCAUACUCUCUUAGUGCUUUGUAUCUCGAAGAACCUGAUUCUCUUUGAUUUAUUUUCUCUUUCCUUGGAAAAAACAAAACACAAACGCCACUUUUUCGGUUUUCUUUCCGGCUUACCUUGGAAAAGAAACUCAUUCAUUUCUUCACCUUCGUUUUCUUCUUUCUUGUAUCUCUUUGUUACCGAAUUGUACACAGGAAUGCAUUUAAAACGAAGCUUUCUCUGACAUUAUUUUUUUCAUUCAUGUAACUGAAGAAGCACUGAAAUUGGAGAAUCUGAUUUGAGCUUUUCUGAGAGUGAAUUUGGAAUUUGGGUCGUUUUUUGUUUUAACGGUGAAGGCCGUUUUCCUAGAAGGAGCAGCCAAGAGAUAGCUAGAUGUUACUAAUGUUAUCAUGACAAUAUGGUAUCAACAGAAAUGGACAAGAGUCGAGAAGUGAGGCGUGGAACGAGUCGGUUCUCACGACAACAGAUUCAUAAUAACAAGCCAAAACAAUCUCGACCCAAACUGUUCUUUGGUUUUGAUGGUGGGGACUUCGUUUGUUUGGAGAAAACGAAGAAAGAGAAAAUAAGAAGGCUGAGUAGCGUUCAUGGUAAUAGAGGAAGUCCCAUUCGCUGUCGCAAUAGCUACCAAAACUCUAAAACUGAAAUGGGAAGUUGCUGUUCCUGUGAUUUGUCUUCUGAUAAUAGAGAAAAUCAGUGUCCUUCACAUUCACAACACUCUUCUUCUCUUGUCACUAAUUCUACCACCAAGAGAUUUAAGGUUCCCAAAAAGUUUUUCGGUGAAUGCAAUGCCGUUGAUCAUGCCUCUGUUCCAAGGAAGCUACGGUCAGCCAUGAAGAAGCGCGGUCACGAAUCCAUCUCCCCGCCUUUAUCAGAUUCAAUGAAACUGAACCAUACGCUUGUUGGAGUCGAAUUACAUAAAAAGGAUGGUGCAAAGAAACACAAACUGAAUUUGAAACAAGGAGAGUCAGACAGGUCCACGAAGGCAACUGUUUCUGGGCCAAUCACAAAAGAUGAGGAAGAGGUUGUGGAGACCCUGUAUGCUUUGGCAGGAAUGUUCCCCGAUGGUGAAUCAAUGGAUAAGAAUAAAUUGAGUGGUGAAUCAAUAGAAGUAAAAUCUUCAGCCCCUCCAGAGACAGUGGAGAGUCCUGUCUCAGCAAUUGAAGUUAAAAAAGGACAUACGAACUCAGUUUGCCAUCUACAAGCUGCUGAGACUGUUCCUUCAUCCACUAUAGAUGAGUUAUCCAAUGAAGCUGCUAAACUCAAUUCAGUGAAUGAACCUGCUAUUCAAGAUCAGCCUGACUUGCCGGGGCAGCAAAAAGUCCCAUAUGGAACCAGAUAGUUCAAUUUCUCAAAUGAGGCUAAACACUACAAACCCUUCCUUGGCUAAAAGUGAUACUGAUGCUGAGAAGUCAUCUUGCUUUCCUGACAACUUUCAUGUUCUCUCUGAACAAAACUUAGAAACUGGGUUAGUAAAUUUCUUUAACUUACGCUCCCUUUUCUUUUCUAGUGUGCUCUUUUUUCGCCCCUUCUAAUUUUUUUUGUUGCU